CAAAAAUCAGUCAACCUCCUCUAAGUGAUGUGUUUAUUUACAAAUAAAAACUAUAUUCACAGAAUUCACAGAAAAUGAAUUUAAAAAGUGAAAACUUUUACUUUAUCCUGCUUAUAACCAGCGUCAUUUCAAGCUUUAUCUUUUGCAUCGGAUUCUUUCCAUACUCAGUCAUUCAAAACUCGUCAAACCUUUCCGACAGCGAAAUUGAGAAAUUAAAUUUGCCAAAAAUUAAUCGUUCUGUUUUAAUGAUUAUUGAUGCACUAAGGUUGGACUUGAUUAUUGAUAAGAAUAAUUUUCCAUUUGUUCAUGAGUUGCUUCAGAAGAAUGAAGCAUGUAUGCUACAAAUGAAGGUGAAUUUACCGACUGUAACAAAGCCGAGAAUCACUGCUCUAACGUCUGGUACCGUCCCAUCAUUCCUCGAUGUCGCUAGAAACCUUGGCAAAUCAAAGAUCUAUCUGGAUACAUUUCUGCAUCAAAUUCACAUGAAAUUUCAAAACAUUGUUUUUUCUGGUGACUCAGCAUGGUUUAUGUUUCCAGACAAAUUUUUCAAAAGAACUUAUGCAAAUUUUGAUUCAUUUUUCGUGAAUGACUUCUACGAAGGUGAUAAAAACAUAACAAAAUCGUUGGCUUUUGAAUUGAAACAAAAUGACUGGAGGCUGCUGAUUCUUCACUAUCUUGGACUUGAUCAUAUUGGUCAUGUCUUUAAUCCAUACCAUGAGUUGGUUCCUGAAAAAUUAAAGGAGAUGGAUCAGGUUGUUAAAGUUUUACACACAAAAGUUGCUGAAUGGAAUGAUAAAAGUAAGGACAAAUCUGUGAUAUUUUUGACAAGCGAUCAUGGAAUGAGGAAUGCUGGUGGUCACUCAGGCAACUCCUUCCAAGAAACUCACAUUCCAUUUUUGAUGAUUGGCGUCAAUUGCAGUUCAAAUAGUGAAAUUUUCUACAACCAAAUUGACUUUGCAACUUCAUUUUCAAUUAUGAGUGGAUUGCCAAUACCAAAGUCAUCGAUUGGUGCAUUAAUUCCCGAAAUGAUGCUUGAUAUGGAUGAGGAUAAGAAGCUUGAUGUGAUUAAAAUUGUAAAUCAGAGGCUUUUGAAUAUGAUCAAGUUUGAUAAAUCAGAAGAAUUUUAUUUAAAGCAACAAAAAGCCAUGUCAUUGCAUAAAAUCUACUCAGAAGACCACAACAACAAGAAUGCAUACCAACAAGCUUCUAAGUUGUUCAUGGAGUCAUCAAAAGACAUAUCAGAAAGACUUGCACAGCAGUCUUUAGAAGUUAACUUAUUCUAUGUCCUAUUAGGACUGUUUAUCAAUAUUUUGAUCUCAAUUGCACUCAUCAUUCCGUCAGACAUCUCAAAAGUUAGAGAUUUAAAAGUUGCGACCAUGAAAUUCAUUCCAAUAAUAUUAGUUGGAUGUGGAUUAAAAAUGUGUAUUUUUAAUGAAAUAUUCAACCUUAAAAAUGAUUUUUCAUCAUUUUUCGUCAUCAUAUUAAUGUCAGUGAUUGUGAGGAUUGUUGGUGAUAUAUUGCUGCUUAAAAUUGAUAAAUAUAAGCUUCAUCUCUUUGACAAUGACAUUUUAUAUCUCCUCCUUAUCGGUCACUUCUUCUUCACAAUUUCUGUCGGCAGCAGUUCCUUUAUUGAAGAAGAACAUCAGAUUUGGUAUUAUUUCUGUAAUGCCAUGUUCAUAAUCCUUACAUUCUAUGAAUUCCGUGGACGAAAGAGCUUCGAGACAUUCUUCACAGUCAUUAUUCAAUGCUUUCCGAUCCUAAUCAUGCACAUAUUUAUUAGACGAAUGAAUCAAACUGGAGAUAAAUGGAUUAACGUACAAGACAUUGGAGAUUGGUUGCAUCAGAAAGAGAAUGAGGAGCUGCUACAUAUUACAAUUAUAAUUAGUUUAGCUAUGACUGCUGUUUGGCUGAUUUAUGUUCACGUAAAAGAUAAAGUUUUAGUGCCUUUUGUGGGUCUUGGAUGUCUGUUUUUGUAUUUUCAUCAUUCAAGAUCGAUGAUCAAUGAAAGAAUUGAUCUUUCAACCACAACAAUCUUCUGGAUAAACAUAAUCUUUAUAAUUUUCAUUACCAUCCUGUUUAAGUUGACCGGAAAGUCAAAAAGUUUCAACUUUUUCGUAAUUUUUGUGCUUAUUUCGCUACUAUUGCAUCAGCCACAGAACCUUGUAAUGUGUUUCGCAUUGGGAGUUAGUAGUAUGCUGACUAAUCAUGCCUGCAAUAGAAUGAUAAAAAGCUCACAUGAAAAAAUUGUCGCUAAAAUAAUUAUGCAUUGGUGGCUUGGAAAAUUAUUUUACUUUUAUCAGGGUAAUUCAAAUAGCUUAGCAACAGUUGAUACGAAUGCAGGAUUCGUUGGACAGACCCAUGUUAAUAUGACAAUUGUGUUCAUUUUUUCUACGAUAAAUACCUUCAAUGGUCAAAUUAUAGCCUUAAUGUUACUUAUAAUUAGUCUAGUUGAAGAUUCCAAAAGACUGAUGAUUGAUUCAAAGACGCUAAUGCUUCAGCUCAGCAAAUGGCUAUCAUUCUUGACAAUCAUUCCAACAACAGUAUUUCUAGUCAUCAUCACGCUGCUACGGCAUCACUUGUUCAUUUGGUCCGUUUUCUCACCAAAGCUGCUUUACGACUUUUGCACAAAUGUUCUUUUGCUGAUUAUUUUGGUGAUUGUAAGAUCGGUUGUGAAAUUUGAAGGUGGAAAUAUUUUGUAGAGCUUAUAGCACCAAGUUUUUUAAUAAAUUGAUUAGAGUAGUUUUAAUGCAAAUAUUAUUUUCAACAAAUUUGUUGAGUUUAGUCAUUUACAAAUAAAAUAUGAUGCUUAUAAAUAUAAAACCCUUGAUUUUUUAAAAAAAAUGUCUUAAAUUUCAUUGUAUUUCCGUUCGCGUUUCA